AAAAUAAAAUUUCUUUAUCACGGUCAGAGAAAAAAAAUAGAUUAUCUUGAUUUGGUUCAAAACUAUGGUUUCUAAAGUUAAAAUCAAAUAAUAAUUUAUUAAAAUUAAAAUUAUUAUGCGCGCGAGAGCAAGUGUGUAUCAAUCAUGUUAAUCGCAAAGAUAUUCUUAGUGACUGUACUCCUCGUUAUGAGUUUCGCAUCGGAAGAGAUGAACUAUUCGCGCCUUUCGCGCGUACUUCGAAUAAGCGAUCAUCGAUCGUUAUCAUUUGACACGAGGAAACGGCAAGACGAACCCAAAUAUUUCGAGCAAUGCAGUUUCGUGAACACGUGGGAAGAACAACUCGGCCACGUGAGCGUGUUGGCUUUUUUGGAUCCUGCCUGGCAAUAUAGCUUCAGACAGGCCGUCAUGCUGAAACUAUUGAGCUCGCGUUUGCGGAAAUCCGGUUUCACGGAUAUCCGGUUUUUCGUGAUAGCACCGCCGCCCGAUUUGACAGAAGACAAGACCGAGGACAAUUAUGAGAUUGAAGCGUGGCGGAAAAUAGCAGCGAUGUAUGAAACGAAGGAUCUCGCGAACGCCAAUGAUCUCCUUUUCCAGGAUAGCAGACCGGAAAUAAUCUUUUUUCAAGACGGUCCCCAGUAUCGUACAUGGGAGAAGUUUCGUGCGUCGAAGGACCAAGUAGUCGUCAUCGAUCGAUGCGGGAAAUUAACGUAUCAGGUCAUGGUGCCGUGGAGUAUUUUAUAUUUUCCUUAUGUGAAAGCGGCUAUUCUGUCCACGUAUCAGGAGGACCCAUGCGGUGGAUGCGAUCCCACCAUGUAUCAAGCUCUAGAUUACGAAAAUUAUUUCCCGAAUUUAAGAAGCACCACUGCUAAAGAAACAGAUCCACAUGAAACCGAUAACGUUAACGCCGAUCUAAUCUGGACCACCGAACGGUGGUCUUCGGAAAACGACAGCGUACAUCUUGAGGAGUCACUAAGAGAGGAGUACGAAGCUAGUAUCGUAUCUCCUGUUAUCUCCGACAAAAUAACAUAUGAUAACGAUGACCCUCUGAAUUUCUCCAGCAUGACGGAAUCAUCGGUGGUGUCUGAAACUGCUUAUCGAUACGAUAAUAGUAUGACCGAGUCUUCUCUUAACGAGUAUAAUCCCAAAGAGACGCAGAUACGAGAGGAUUCGAAGAAUGGUACAGCCUCCGGCGAAAUAGAAGAGUUACAGCAAGACGUUCCUCCGAGACAAGACGAAUCUACGUUGAUGAGCGAUAAUUCUAGCGAGAAUGCGAGCGAUCACGCCUUAUCGACGAGUGAAUCAACAGCUGACGAAAUAAAAAACGAAUUCAUUUCUACGACAGAAACAAUUUCAGAUACCGCGGGAGACGAGAUUCGAGAUAAUGACGAAGAUGCGGACGCCGAGUACGAACAAAACGAUUCAGUUGGUAAAAAUAUUGGAGCGGAGGAGAACGCGUUAUCGUUACAGGUGAUUAUGCGCGCACCGCACGUACAUAGAAAUGGAAGGAAGACGGGGAAGCACACGCAUUUAAUACUAAAGAUCGGCGAUCCCGAUUUUCACGGACAUCUGGACAAUUUUAAAGACAUUGAUCUUCAAAUCGCAAGCUCCGAAAAAAACAAUUCGGAAAUCAUCGAAGCGGAUCAAGAGAACACCGAUCAAACGUAUACAUUCGAUAAAGACGAAAGCCCGGGAUUGUACGGAGAAAUAGCGGACUAUUGGAGAGAUUGCGAAAACAGCGAUGACACUAAUAAAAAUGAGUCGCUUAACAACGAUACUUAUAAUAAUUCUACGAUAAGUUAUAACGAAAAACAUCAUAUCGAUAUCAGCAGCCACACGACGACUUCGUCAAAAUCAUCAGAGAUAAACGAAAAUUAUUCAACAACAAAUAUUACAAUAAAUGCUCAUAUUAAUAACUCUACUAAUUUACAAAAUACCGUUAGAUUAGACAAGACUGAUUCUUCGAUUAGUACAAGUAAUGAGAUCAAUAAGAAAAAAGAGAUGCGAAAUAAUCUAAUCAAGCAUUACAAUAAACUUUUAUCUUGGAUUGAUUAUAGAUUAAUAAAAUAAAUCUUUGCACUCAUUUAAAAAU